GGAGAAUGGAUUACAUUGCUCUCCUCUAAAAAUAUCCAUGGGACGUUUUUAACUUUUCUGCCCUGAUUGGCGUAUCCACACUUUUAUUAUGCGCCACGGGGAAACGAUAUUGCAGCAUAAUGUUUAAUAAGUGCGAGAACACGUACCACGGACAUUGAACUACGCUCAUCAAUUUUCCAGACAUCCCUUCAGCCUCUACAUGGCUUUUUAUACACGAGCGCCCUUUCGAAGGGUAAGACAGAAGUGAGUUGUUGGUCCGAUUGACAAAAUGACGACCGACAUCUCGGUGGUGCGCGGGGGUUGGGACCCCACGUUACAACAAGAGAUUGUCGAUGAGUACGAAUACGACGGGGGAAACUCGAGUUCGAGACUUUUCGAACGUUCACGGAUCAAAGCUUUAGCUGGUGAACGUGAAUUGGUACAGAAGAAAACUUUUCAAAAAUGGGUCAACUCCCACUUGGUUCGGUGUUCUUGCCGAAUUGGCGACCUUUACGUCGACCUUCGGGACGGAAAGAUGCUCAUCAAGCUUCUCGAGAUCCUUUCUGGAGAACGCUUGCCACGACCUACGAAGGGAAAAAUGCGAAUCCACUGUUUGGAAAACGUCGACAAAGCGUUGCAGUUUCUACGUGAGCAACGAGUCCACCUGGAGAACAUGGGCUCCCAUGAUAUCGUUGAUGGAAACCCCCGUUUGAGUCUCGGUCUCAUCUGGACCAUAAUUCUUCGAUUCCAGAUCCAGGAUAUCACCAUUGAAGAGACUGACAAUCAAGAAACGAAAUCAGCGAAGGAUGCGUUGCUUCUUUGGUGUCAGAUGAAAACAGCUGGCUAUCAUAAUGUGAACGUAAGAAAUUUCACCACGUCCUGGCGAGAUGGAUUGGCAUUCAACGCUAUCAUUCACAAACACCGUCCAGACUUGAUCCCAUUCGAGAGACUGUCCAAGUCGAAUGCCAUCUACAACUUGAACAACGCGUUCAACGUAGCAGAGAAUUCACUUGGUCUCACUAAACUAUUAGACGCUGAGGAUAUAUUUGUAGAUCAUCCUGACGAGAAAUCAAUCAUCACCUAUGUAGUCACGUAUUAUCAUUAUUUCUCUAAGAUGAAGCAAGAGACUGUGCAAGGUAAAAGGAUAGGCAAAGUGGUAGGAAUCGCCAUGGAGAAUGAUCGUAUGAUACACGAGUACGAGAGCCUGACCAGUGAUUUAUUGCGCUGGAUAGAAGGCACCAUAGAGGCCCUGGGUGAUCGUCGAUUCGCCAAUUCUCUGGUUGGCGUCCAAUCGCAACUCUCUCAGUUCUCCAAUUAUCGUACAGUAGAGAAACCUCCCAAGUUUGUUGAAAAGGGCAACUUGGAGGUUCUUUUGUUCACGUUACAGUCGAAGAUGAGAGCUAAUAAUCAAAAACCGUACACACCUAAGGAAGGUAAGAUGAUCUCUGAUAUCAACAAGGCUUGGGAGAGGCUGGAGAAAGCGGAACAUGAGCGGGAGUUAGCUCUGAGGGAGGAAUUGAUCCGCCAAGAGAAGCUAGAACAAUUGGCAGCAAGGUUUAACAGAAAGGCAAGCAUGAGAGAAACAUGGUUGUCUGAGAAUCAACGACUAGUCUCUCAGGAUAACUUUGGUUUUGAUCUGGCUGCAGUAGAAGCAGCAGCCAAGAAGCAUGAGGCUAUAGAAACAGACAUCUUUGCUUAUGAGGAACGAGUCCAAGCUGUGAUGGCUGUUUCACAGGAACUAGAAGCUGAAAAUUAUCAUGAUAUUGAACGUAUCAAUGCUCGUAAGGACAAUGUUCUCAGAUUAUGGAAUUAUUUAUUGGAUUUGCUUCGUGCUAGGAGGACGAGGCUGGAGAUGUCACUGCAAUUGCAGCAAAACUUCCAGGAGAUGCUAUACAUCCUCGACAGCAUGGAGGAGAUAAAGAUGCGUUUGUUGACUGAUGAUUAUGGAAAGCAUCUGAUGGGUGUCGAGGACCUUCUGCAGAAACAUUCUUUGGUAGAAGCUGACAUCAAUGUUUUGGGUGAGAGAGUGAAGGCUGUUGUUCAGCAGAGUCAGAGAUUCCUGGAACAUGGAGAAAGUUAUCGACCUUGCGAUCCAGCUAUCAUCGUGGAACGAGUACAACAGCUCGAAGACGCGUAUGCUGAAUUGGUACGCCUGGCAGUCGAGCGUAGAGCCAGACUGGAAGAGUCUCGCAAGCUCUGGCAGUUCUACUGGGACAUGGCUGAUGAGGAGAACUGGAUCAAGGAGAAGGAACAGAUUGUAUCCACUGGAGACAUUGGCCACGACUUGACCACCAUAAACUUGUUAUUAUCAAAGCACAAAGCUCUGGAGAACGAGAUCCAGUCUCAUGAGCCACAAUUGAUGUCCGUAGCCGCGGUUGGAGAUGAAUUGGUUCACCAGAAACACUUUGGCUCGGAUAGGAUUCAAGAGAGGCUUGAGGAAAUUCUAGGAAUGUGGAACCACCUGCUGGACCUAGCUACUUUCAGAAGGAAGCGCCUGGAGGAAGCAGUAGAUUAUCAUCAACUGUUUGCAGAUGCUGAUGACAUUGAUAUCUGGAUGUUGGACACUCUGAGAUUGGUCUCGUCAGAAGACGUUGGUAGAGAUGAAGCUAACGUUCAAUCAUUAUUGAAGAAACACAAGGAUGUCACGGAUGAGUUGAAGAACUACGCUACUACCAUCGACCAGCUUCACCAGCAAGCAUCAGGCCUUGGAGAACAGGACGUGAAGUCGCCAGAAGUACUGGAGAGACUUGCUUCUAUUGAUUCAAGGUACAAGGAGCUCAUGGAACUUGCCAAGCUCCGUAAACAGAGAUUGUUGGACGCAUUGUCGUUAUACAAGUUGUUCAGCGAAUCAGAUGGAGUGGAGCAAUGGAUAGGCGAAAAGAACAGGAUGCUAGAUACCAUGGUACCAGCCAAGGACAUCGAAGACGUCGAGAUUAUGAAGCACAGAUAUAACGGCUUCGAAAAGGAGAUGUACGCGAACGCUUCACGAGUUGCCGUUGUUAAUCAACUAGCUAGACAAUUAUUGCACGUUGAACAUCCUAAUUCUGAGCAGAUUGUAGCUCGUCAGAACGAGCUGAAUCAGAAAUGGGCAGAGCUCCGUGAUAAAGCAGAGAAUAAACGUGAUGAGCUGAACUCUGCUCACGGUGUACAGACCUUCCACAUCGAGUGCCGCGAGACAGUGUCCUGGAUCGAGGACAAAAAGCGUAUUCUUCAGCAGACUGACAGUCUAGAGAUGGAUUUAACUGGUGUCAUGACGUUGCAACGUAGAUUGAGCGGGAUGGAACGUGACCUGGCAGCCAUACAGGCCAAAUUGGACGCUUUAGAGACCGAAGCUCAGAAUAUUCAACAGCAGAACUUGGAAGAUCCUGCGGUUAUCAAAGAUAGGAUUGAUCAGAUCCACACCAUCUGGGAGCAGUUAACGCAGAUGCUGAAGGAGCGUGAUGCUAAACUGGAGGAAGCAGGUGACCUUCAUAGAUUCCUCAGAGAUUUAGACCACUUCCAGGCUUGGCUGACCAAGACUCAGACUGAUGUGGCCAGUGAAGACACUCCAACUACCUUGGCUGACGCCGAGAAAUUGUUAGCACAACAUCAAAACAUCAGGGAAGAGAUUGACAACUAUACAGACGAUUACCAGAAGAUGAUGGAGUAUGGAGAGAGGCUAACUAGCGAAGCUGGUGAUGGCGACACGCAGUACAUGUUCCUUAGAGAACGUUUGAACGCCUUGAAGAUGGGCUGGGAGGAGCUACACCAGAUGUGGGUGAACAGAAAGAUGCUGUUGUCUAACUCGCUCAACUUGCAGAUCUUCGACCGCGAUGCUCGACAGGCAGAGGUGCUGUUGUCUCAGCAAGAGCACAUUCUCGCUAAAGAUGAAACGCCGGCGAACUUCGAGCAGGCUGAGCACAUGAUCAAACGGCAUGAGGCAUUUAUGACAACGAUGGACGCGAACGACGAGAAAAUCAACUCUGUGGUGCAGUUCGCCGAACGACUUCUCGGCGAAGGCCACUUCGCGGCAGACAAAGUCAAGAAGAAGGCGGAAUGCAUCCAUGUGCGUCGUCGAGUCAACAGAAUGAUGGCCAAUCAGUACAUGGAGAAGCGGAAGGAUCAGUUACAACUGCAGAUGUUCUUGCAGGACUGUGAAGAGCUUGGAGAAUGGGUCCAGGAGAAGCACAUCACUGCACAAGAUGAAACUUAUAGAAGUGCAAAGACGGUUCACAGCAAGUGGACCAGACAUCAAGCGUUUGAAGCAGAAAUUGCUAGCAACAAGGAUCGUCUGCAACAAUUACAACAAGCUGCUGAAGACCUGAUUCAACAGAAGCCUGAUCUGGCUGAGAUCAUCAAGCCUAAAGUGGCUGAAUUGGCUGAUCAGUUUGAGGAACUCGAAACCACCACUCAUGACAAGGGUGAGCGUCUGUUUGAUGCCAAUCGUGAGGUCCUUAUUCAUCAGACUUGCGACGACAUUGAUUCCUGGAUGAACGAGUUGGAGAAACAGAUCGAGAGUACAGACACUGGCUCUGAUCUGGCAUCUGUGAAUAUCCUGAUGCAAAAGCAGCAAAUGAUCGAGACGCAGAUGGCCGUGAAGGCAAGACAGGUGACCGAAUUGGACAAACAGGCGGAGCACUUGCAGCGUACGGUACCUGACGAUAAAAUGGAGGAGAUCAAGUGCAAGAAGGAGAAGGUAGCCCAGAGAUUCGCUCAGUUGAAGGCCCCAUUGAUCGAUCGGCAGCGUCAGUUGGAGAAGAAGAAGGAAGCCUUCCAGUUCAGGCGCGACGUCGAAGAUGAGAAACUCUGGAUCGCUGAGAAGAUGCCUCAGGCUACUAGUACAGAGUAUGGAAACUCUUUGUUCAAUGUUCAUAUGCUGAAGAAGAAGAACCAAUCUCUGCGUACUGAGAUAGAGAACCACGAGCCCAGAAUCAAUCUGGUCUGUAAUAAUGGUCAGAAGCUGAUAGACGAGGGUCAUGAGGCCAGUCCAGAAUUCCAGAGACUGAUAUCUGAAUUGACUGAGAAAUGGAAAGAGCUGAAGGACGCUGUUGACGACAGGAAUAAGCAUUUGUUGCAGAACGAGAAGGCACAACAGUACUUCUUCGACGCCACUGAAGCUGAAUCCUGGAUGAGCGAGCAGGAGUUGUACAUGAUGGUGGAGGACCGUGGCAAGGAUGAGAUUUCUGCUCAAAACUUGAUGAAAAAGCAUGAAUCCUUGGAGCAUGCUGUUGAGGAUUAUGCAGAGACAAUUCGUCAGCUUGGAGAGACUUCUAGACAGUUGAUCAAUGACCAACAUCCUCUUGCUGAUCAGAUUGCUGUUAAACAGUCACAGGUGGACAAACUGUAUGCUGGUUUGAAGGACUUGGCUGGUGAACGUAGAGCCAAACUGGACGAGGCCCUUCAACUCUUCAUGCUGAACAGAGAAGUGGAUGAUUUGGAGCAGUGGAUCUCUGAGAGAGAAAUGGUAGCUGGAAGCCACGAGUUAGGACAAGACUAUGAUCAUGUUACUCUUCUCUGGGAGAGGUUUAAGGAAUUUGCUCGAGACACUGAGGCGAUAGGUUCAGAGAGAGUAGCUGCAGUGAACGGUAUCGCGGAUUCUCUGAUAGCAACAGGUCACUCUGACGCUGCCACUAUUGCAGAAUGGAAGGACGGUUUGAACGAAGUAUGGCAAGACUUAUUAGAAUUGAUUGAGACCCGUACACAGAUGUUGCAAGCCAGUCGAGAGUUACACAAGUUCUUCCACGACUGCAAGGAUGUGCUUGGAAGAAUCCUGGAGAAGCAGAACGCCAUGUCUGAUGAACUUGGUCGCGAUGCUGGCUCUGUUUCUGCUUUACAGAGGAAGCACGCUAAUUUCAUACAGGAUUUGUCUACAUUACAGAGCCAGGUGUCACAGAUUUUAGAAGAAUCGACAGUAUUGCAGGCUAGUUAUGCUGGUGACAAGGCCAGAGAAAUAACGAACCGUGAGGGAGAGGUAGUUGCUGCCUGGAACAACCUUCAGUCAUUGUGUGACGCCCGAAGAACGAAACUGGAGGAUACUGGCGAUCUCUUCCGGUUCUUCAACAUGGUCAGAACCCUGAUGAUCUGGAUGGACGACGUGGUACGUCAGAUGAACACGUCUGAGAAGCCGAGAGACGUGGCUGGUGUGGAACUCCUGAUGAAUAAUCAUCAAAGCUUGAAAGCUGAAAUAGACGCUAGGGAGGACAACCUAAUGGCAUGUAUCAAUCUUGGAAAGAAUUUGUUGGCUAGAAAUCACUAUGCCAGCACUCAGAUCAAGGAGAAAUUGGCAGCUCUUACAGACCAUAGGAAUGCAUUGUUGCAUAGAUGGGAGGAACGCUGGGAGAACUUGCAACUCAUUUUGGAGGUAUAUCAAUUCGCCAGAGAUGCUGCGGUCGCUGAGGCCUGGCUGAUCGCUCAGGAACCAUAUCUUAUGAGCCAAGAACUUGGUCAUACAAUUGACGAAGUUGAGAACCUGAUUAAGAAGCAUGAAGCAUUCGAAAAAUCGGCAGCUGCACAGGAAGAAAGGUUUAGUGCCUUGCAUCGACUCACGACCUUUGAGUUAAAGGAGAUGAAGAGGAGGGAGAAAGAACGGGAGGAAGAAGAGGAGAGACGUAAAAAGGAGGAGGCCGCGGCAGCUGAGGCGGCUCGUUUAGCUAAAGCAACGCCAGUAACUAGUCCGGACGAACCACCCAGCGAAAGAGCCGAAGCAGACGGUGUACCAAGCGGAGAACGUCCAUUGGGAGAAGACGAGUCACAUGUGGCACAUCGCAAGGCUUCUACACGUACACCACAGCCUCAAGACAAGCCCAAGGAAGUGCAUGCUCAGAAACCUGCACGUCUAUCCAUGCGAGGAGAAGCCACACCAACUGCCACCCCCAUGAAAUCUCCACAAGGUCUAUCUAGUCCAACAACUCCGAAAGGUGGAAGCGGUUCCGAGUCUGGUACAUUAAGACGUAAGGAACGUAGUCGAAGCAAGUCGCCGUUCCGGAGCUUCCGUUGGAGAAAAUCCGCCAAGUCACCGAGUUUAGACCGCAGUGGCGUGAGUGAUGAUGAACGCAGCAUUUCCGAACAACGAAGUCCCACCGAUGACGAAUUCGAGGGCGUGUUGCAACGAAAGCACGAAUGGGAAAGUACAACGAAGAAGGCGUCCAAUCGGUCCUGGAAUAAGGUGUACAUGGUCGUUCGUGGACAGAGCUUGUUUGUCUAUACGGACCAGAAAUCGUACAAGGCGACGCCUGACCAACCGUACAAGGGAGAAUCUCCUCUGGACCUUAGAGGGGCGACCAUUACCGUGGCGAAUGAUUAUACUAAGAAGAAACAUGUCUUCCGAGUAAAGUCGCAAAGCGGAUCCGACUUCCUAUUCCAGGCUAAAGACGAUGCUGAAAUGAACGAAUGGGUGACCGUCUUAAACCAAGCUGCACAGGGCGCAUCAGGUGCGGGCACGUCCAGGGCGCACACAUUACCAGCGUCCACACAAGCCGAGACUAAGCGGCGUAGUUUCUUCACUCUCAAGAAAAACUAAACCGGAGCAGUGAAGUUCGGUAUAAGCCGCUCAGCACAACACACACAGUUUUAAAGAAAUGUUUCGUCGCUCUGCGUGGUAACAAACAAACAAAUAAUGCAACGCUAACUAUAAACAAAGAUUAGGAGA